AACCAUCAUGAGAUUUUGAUAUAGAUAUAAGUUAAACUAUUCAAAAUCGUUACGAAACAAAGUGUUAUUGUUUUUGACAUCAAAUAAAAAAAUCUAGAACACAACGAAUUUUUGUGAAUUCUUGAGGAUACAUUAUGAGUUUUGUAAUAUCUUUGUGCCACUUCUGCGACCAACAUGGACCCAGUGUCCUUCAGACUUGUUAUUCCUCAAGUCAAGACGAGGAACUUGUAAAUUCAAAUGAAUCAUCGUGUCAGGCAUGCUGCAUGGGUGAGAGGUACAUCAGUACAGACAGAAUGACUGGCACUCGAUAUGUCAGUUGUAGACUACCAGCUCAGCGUCAAUCUCUGGUGUCGUGGCUCAGUCAUGUGUGUGUCCGGAGCCUCAGCUGUGAGGUAAACCCUUGUGUAUUCUGUGAACCGCCCAACUGUGCCCUGUCAAUCUCAUUCAGCGUACGUGACGCCCAGGCCCGAGGCUUCUAUCACUGGCUCAGCAUUGUGAUAAGCUCGCGUGACCUUACCUUCCUCGCCAGCUGUUGGCCCUUCCUCAGCAAGCAGGUGCAGCACAUCGUCACUUGGCUGCAGGACAGAGCAGUGCAGGUGUACAAUGUUGAACGGCCAUUCAGAGACAGCAAGCCGUCCCAGUCUCGGCCCCUGCCUCAGCUAGUCAAAUACAAGGCUGUCUAUGCUAGGCUGCAUUGUUGGUUUGCCUGGAUGAUUCAUGCCUGCAACUCUCGCUUAUCAGAAGCAAUUCCUCGCUCUCCAUACUAUCGGUUACAAGCUCAACAUGUCUUUGAGGAAGGCAGUCUCAAAUCCCUGAGAGUGUUCCUGGGAGCUCAGGUGUUUGACUUGGCAGCUCUCCAUAUCAUAGAAGGUCGUCAGGUUAUUGUGCGGGGUGAUAUACCCGACCUUGUCAAAGCCACAGUUACUACAUUCAAGGAGCUACUGCCAAGUGAUUGGUGCAGAACAUUGCCUGACUGUGAUAAGUACCUAGAGCCAGGAGAGUGUGGCUUGCUAGGUGUCAGCACUCAAGAGCUACUGCCAAGUGAUUGGUGCAGAACAUUGCCUGACUGUGAUGAGUACCUAGAGCCAGGGGAGUGUGGCUUGCUAGGUGUCAGCACUCAAGUAGCAGUACCUUGUCCUUGCCACAACAUUGUGAGGGUAGACAUGGUGCAGGGAUGUGUGUCUGCCAAGACUACUGCCAUCAUGCCAGCCAAAUAUCCAACUUUACUAAGCAAGAUUUUGAAAGCCUUGGCUUGUGAACUGUUAAGAGGAAAAGCUUUGACUUAUCACCUGCAAAGCUACAGACAAGAGUGGAUGCACAUUGCCAAGCUGGUACACCUGACACGGAUGGAAAAUGCUGCUUCGCUGUUGGUAGCUCUGGGAGUAAAACCACAAGAUCAUCAGCUGGUGUCCUACUGGUCCAAUAAUCUGUGUAAAUCCUGACCUUCAGGAUAAACCUUUGACGUGUUGUAUUGAAACAGCCGAGAAGAGUCUGAAUAUAACUAUAAUGUAAAGAAGACAGACUUACCACGAGGAGAAUGGUUUAUCUGUUGAUGUUUACUUGCCCAGGUGGCGUUGGUAAAGCGCUGAUGUAAUUCUACAACUUUUACACAAUUGUGAUUCAAAUGGAAUGUUACUAUCAAGAUCGAGGUCACCCUGUACCUGGACUGCUUGCAGGUUUUGGAGGGCAGGGCAUACGCAUAAAUGCAUUAUGUGUGUAAUAUACUAGUGUAGUGUGUGUAUGAAAGUGUUUUUGUCGGUUGCUAUCUGGUUGGACUGGAUAUAGCUAAGACUCAUCCCUUUGAGUGAUCACAUAAUAUGUCUUAAUAUGUUAUAAUAUGUCAUCCAAAUCUGGCUCACUCUGGGCUUUAGCGGUGUCAAACUAAUGAAAGUGGUAGAUUGUUGAAUGUCUUCUAAAAAGUUAUUGCAAAAGUAGCGGAAGUACUGAUUAAUACAGCUUGAAAUAUCUUUUAGUUACCAGACUUAAUAAGUUUACUGGACAAGCCAUUAUUCUGUGUUUCAUAAUGAUUUCUCUUAUUUAAUUUUUGACAUAAAUGGUAAAAGUAAAACUUUCAACUAGAAAACAGGCUUACAUUACAGUUCCCUUAACUUAUUUCUACCUAUUUGUCACAUUUUUCAUUGGAACACUUACGUUUUACAGUGUAAACAGAUGAAUCAGACCACCUGUGCACAAUGGUUUGGACCAACAAGCGUAAAAAAAACAACCUUUUUGAUUGAAAUCCGCCAUUUAAAAAUUUUCUAGUGGGCUACAAAUUUAAAAUGUUACUUUAGCACUUUUCUUCCAAUUUUGGGAUCAUUAAAAGUACAAAUAGAAGGCCAAAAAGUAAUUUAAAAAAUUAAAAACUCACUUCAAAAAUCCAAGACAUUUUACAAAUUUUAGUAGUAGGGCGUUUUUUGAAGGUAAAGGAGUGUCUUGUAAAAAAUUUUUUAUUUGCCAUCAAAAAACGCAAAAUUUAAUUCCUGACCAUUUACAUUUUUUCAAAUCUUUGCUAGCUCUUACCGUUUAAACUUGUUUUUCUCAAAAAAGAGGGAUUUAAGGGAUUUAUUUUUGGGUUUUGGACCGAGACGGACCUCCACAAAAAAUUUCAGAUCCAUAGCUAUUCUAGAAGAGGGCAAAACAAGAAUUUUUCUUCAUGAUCAGUGAGUCAGUGAGUUACACAAGCGGCUGUAUAUCCCGUUAAAGUAUGUGCACAGGUGGUCCGAUUCUGACAGUAAUCUUUGCUCAAUGUCAGUAGCUUUGUUGUUCAAACAAGUGCCUUUUAAUAAUAUAAGUUAUUGUGGUACUAAGCAUCUAAAGAGAAUCACAACAAUGAAGAACGUAAUUCAUACAGAUUCUACUCUUUGAUGAGAUAAAGAUCAUAUUUUGGAAAUGAAAACAAAACACAUCAUUCACUUAAUUUUUUGUAUACUCUAUCUUUUUCUGUAUACUUUGAAUGUUAUGUUUUUCAUUUAAUUGAUAAGAACAUACUUGUAACAUUCAUAAAGUUUUCCCUGCCUGUCAUCAUCAAGUUUACAAUAAAAUUGUGCUUUUUUGAGGAUAUUUUCUAUUUUUUGUUACACAAAAUAUGCCUGUAUCAUUUUGAGUUUCUUACUGUUUGGUUUUAGUUUAAUAUAUUUGAAUUUUCAACUAGUACCAGGAUUUCCAAAGAUAGCUUAUCUUAUCUGACCUACUUUUCCAGUCUGCACUGUCCACUCUUGCCUUAGUUAACCCAGAGUCAACAUGUACUCCUUGCUCAUUCUCUUGUAUAUAGUAGAUUAGAUUUUGACUGUUUUAAAGUGAACUAAUAACGUUUAACAUGUAAUUAUUAAAGUAUGUGUUUUAUAAUAUCUCCCCCUUCUAAAUGUCAGAGAGUGCCAUUUAAUUUGUAAAAAUACCAAAGUGUUGUGACGGGAAGACCUCUAAAUGAUUUUGUGACCUUCUACCUUCUACGGAUUCUACGGCUACGCGGAAUCCCCUCAUCUACCCGCUCCUGGAGAAGAUUCACCCAUUCAAAGACUGUCCGCCCCUGGUGAUCUUCGCUCCCCGCUUCAGUCUACCGUCAGGCAUCUCUACCAAACCCAAGGACUCAAAUCUCAAGUAACUGUUUACAUACUCAUUUAAUUAAUUGGUAUUACUCUGACAUGUUCCCAUAUGUAAAAUAUAUUUUGUAAAUUAAAGUUUGAAUUUCUCUUUCACUACUCAGUAAAAAUUUUCUCAUUCUCUCCUUUGAACCCGCCCCCAACAAAAUGGUCCUUCGAGCCGGAUUCUGAAUUUCUAGUAAUUUAUAAAGUUAGACCAAAGGAGAGAAGUAAAAGUAAAGUUUUACAGUAUUUAGGUUUUUUUUGUAGCAUUCCUAUCUUAAACCUUAGCCCUUAUAUUUCCUUCACCAGCUAAAAUGGCAGCUUUAAAGAAAGCCGAAAUCGACUCUCUAGUCAAAAAGAGAGAAAAGUAUUAUGCAAGGUUACAAGCUCUCUAUGACGUUGGUAAAAAAUGUAUCCAGCUUGCUCAGCAAAAACAAUCCUUUAAUACAGAGUUUGAUUCUUUUGUAUCACGUUAUCAAAGAUUAGAGGAUGAUUAUUCUGUGUUUGAACAAACAAGUGACAGUAUUAGUUUGUUAAACUCUCAAGUAGAUGAAGGAGAUAGAGUAGAGGUUCAUAGUGCAUCAAUGUCCUAUGAUGAUUUGUAUUUUAAUGUUAAAACCAUUGGGCGAAAGUUGAAUGUAGAUAAGCAUUUGCAGCAAACAAAGACUGACUUAUCUGCUGAUAAGCAAUCUCCUGUCCAUAGUCCCCAGGUAGCUCGCCUUCCUAAAUUGGAAAUUGAACCAUUU